CCAUUUUCGCGGGAAAAAGAUUUGCCUGAUCUCAUUUUAUUUUCUCCAAUUUAGAACCAAAUAUCUUCGAAAAUAUACAAUAUCAUUGCAUUGGAAUCCGAACUGAACAUCAUGUCUCUUCAACUUACAGCGGGUGCUAUUCAGGAGAUAAUGUCUGGGGGAAAUGUCGAUAAACCCAUCUUACAAGUGUUAGGCCAGAAGAAGAUAGCUGGCGGGAAUGGAGCUGAUCGUUAUAGACUUCUUCUCUCUGAUGGAUAUCACAGUCACUCAUCUGCCAUGUUGGCCACACAGUUGAACAGUAUGAUAGACAACAAUGAACUCGAGAAGUUUACAGUUAUAGAGCUACAGAAGUACAUAUGUAACACAAUACAGGAGGGAAGGCGAGUGAUGAUAUUACUUGAAAUGAAUGUGGUCUCAAGCGGAGGUGACGUGGGAGCUACUAUUGGUAACCCUGUUGCUUACAAACCUGGCCAGCCUAAGACAGAUAUCCCUGCUCAACCUGCUGCGCAACCAACUGGACAACCAGCCGCAACAAAUGGUGCCAGCGCUCCAAAGAUAUCCAAACCCAAUACGCCUGCAAGAGGAGGGUUCUACAAUAAAGGUCCUGCUGCUGCUGCGGCCCAACAAUCUCCUGCUGCCCCAAAUACUCCUGGUGGCUCUGCUCAAAGGAUUUUCCCCAUCUCACAUCUUACUCCAUAUCAGAACAGGUGGUGUAUCCGAGCAAGGUGUACAAACAAAUCAGCAAUUAGGACAUGGAGUAAUUCCCGAGGGGAGGGCAAGCUGUUUAGUAUGAACUUCAGGGAUGAGAGUAAGGAGAUACGAGCAACUGCCUUUAAAGAAGAAGUUGACAAAUAUCAUGAAAUGAUUGAAGUCAAUAAGGUGUACUAUAUACAGAAAGGAACCCUAAAGACCGCCAACAAGCAGUACAGUAAUGUUGAUAAUGAUUACGAAAUGACAUUUAAUAGAGAAACAAUCGUGACUCUUUGCGAAGAGGAAACGGAUCUGCCAUCUGUUAGUUUCAAGUUUAUUGCCAUCAAUGAACUGGGAAACAACCCACCAGAUACUAUCAUUGACGUUCUAGGCGUAUGUAAAAGUGCAUCAGAUAUGAAUGUAGUCAUUGGAAAAACAUCGCAGAAAGAGAUCAAAAAACGAGAUCUUGAUUUGGUUGACCAAUCAGGAGUCUCCGUAAGGAUGACCUUGUGGGGCAAUGAUGCUGAAAACUUUGAUGGGUCAGCCACACCAGUGAUUGCAGUCAAGGGAUGCAAGAUGUCUGACUUUGGAGGGCGAUCACUCUCCGUUUUAAGCAGCUCUCAGAUGAUAAUUAAUCCUGAUAUUGAAGAGGCCCAUACCCUGAGGGGGUGGUACGAUUCUGUGGGGUCAAGCAUGGAUUUCGACACUUAUAAACGUGAUGACAGCCAAUCAUCUGGGGGAGGACAUAGCGCAAAUUGGAAAAACUUCAGCCAAGUCGUAUCGGAGAAUCUCGGGCAUGGUGAUAAAGCAGAUUAUUUCACUUCAAAGGCAACUGUCAUGUUUCUCAAGCGUGAGAACUGCAUGUAUAUGGCAUGUCCAAGUGAAAGCUGCAACAAGAAGCUGGUAGAUAACAACAAUGGUACAUACAGAUGUGAAAAAUGCAGCAAAGAGUAUGACACAUAUAAAUGGUGUAUGAUCCUAAAUGCGCGUCUUAGUGACCACACAGACCAGCAAUGGGCCACGUGUUUCCAAGAGUCUGCAGAGACCCUACUUGGGAGACCUGCAUCAGAGAUAGGAGCUGUCAAAGAUAGUGGGGAUGAGACAGCCUUUGACAACUUAUUCCAAGAGGCCACAUUUAAACAGUUCAUUUUUAAACUCAGAACCAAGAUGGAAACAUACAAUGAGGAGUCUCGGCUGAAGACUGUCUGUGUGAAUGUAAGCCCCGUAAACCAUGAAGAAUACAGCAAGAAGCUCAUAGAGGACAUUCAGAGGCUAACCACCAAAUAAUUUAAUUAUGACUAAUUAAAACUUGUGACUAAUUUGUUCUGACUAAUUGUGACUAAACUUUAUUAGAGGAGGUAUGGAACUUCAGAUUUGAAGUGUAAAAUACAAAGAGAUCGAUCAAGUAAUGCCAUAUAUGGUGUAAACACAGAGUAAUGCCAUAUAUG